AUGGCACUAGUCGACUCAGCAGCCAAUAUGGACAUGAACAUCGAAGACGACACCAGCGACUUCUACCAGCGCAUGAAAUCCCUCGAAAGAGAGCUCGAAUUCCUCACCAUCCAGGCAGAUUACAUCAAAGACGAGCAGAAAAAUCUCAAACGUGAAUACAUCCGAGCCAAAGAAGAAAUCAAAAGAAUUCAGUCAGUGCCUCUUGUGAUAGGUCAAUUCUUAGAGCUCAUUGACGAAAAUUACGCAAUUGUAUCUAGCACUGCUGGGUCAAAUUAUUAUGUCAGAGUUCUAUCAACAUUAAACAGAGAGCUCCUCAAGCCAUCUUCUUCAAUAGCUCUUCAUAGGCAUUCUCACAGUGUAGUCGAUAUAAUGCCUAAUGAAACAGAUGCGUCAAUUCAGCUCUUGCAGGUAGGUGAAAAACCUGAAGUCACUUAUAGGAAUUCCUUAUAAAUGUCUCGAUAAAAAUUAUAUUGAUUUUUUGACUGGGAAAAAUAUGGGAAAUGGGAUAUCAAGACAUUGGCGGUCUUGAUAUACAGAAACAAGAAAUCAGAGAAGCUGUAGAGCUACCUCUUACAAACCAUGAGCUCUAUGCUCAGAUUGGAAUUGACCCUCCAAGAGGUGUUUUACUGUACGGACCUCCAGGGACAGGAAAAACCAUGCUUGCAAAAGCAGUGGCUCACCACACUACAGCAGCAUUCAUAAGAGUCGUCGGCAGCGAGUUUGUGCAAAAAUACUUGGGAGAAGGCCCAAGAAUGGUUAGAGAUGUAUUCAGAUUGGCAAGAGAAAACGCACCAAGCAUCGUAUUCAUUGACGAAAUUGACGCAAUCGCUACCAAAAGAUUUGACGCUCAAACUGGAGCUGAUAGAGAAGUCCAGAGAAUUUUAUUAGAGCUCCUAAACCAAAUGGAUGGGUUUGACCAAAGCGUCAACGUAAAAGUGAUUAUGGCUACUAACAGAGCUGAUACCUUAGAUAGCGCCCUUAUGAGACCUGGAAGAUUAGAUAGAAAAAUUGAGUUCCCAAUGCCAGAUAGAAGACAAAAAAGGCUAAUUUUCCAAACAGUUACUAGCAAAAUGAACUUAUCAGAUGAAGUCGACUUAGAAGAUUACGUCAACAGACCUGAGAAAAUCAGUGCUGCCGAUAUUUCUGCUAUUUGCCAAGAAGCAGGGCUGCUGGCUGUGAGGAGAAACAGAUAUGUGAUUCUUCCUAAAGACUUUGAGAAGGCUUACAAAAAUGUGGUAAAGAAAAGCGAUACUGAGUUUGAGUUUUAUAAGUAA